AUGUCAAAAGAUGUUCCCCUGGAACACAUGUUGGUGAUUAAGAUAUUGGAAGAAUGUGGAUUUGGAUCAGUUCUGAAGAGGUUCCUAAAGGAAACAAGUUUGAUUGAUGAAUAUAAACAAGAAAAGAUUGAAAAAAUAGGCGGAAUCUCACUAAAUGUAGUUAGAAAGAUUGCAAUGAAAUGUAUCAAAAAAUGCAGAUCAAUUGAUGCUCACAAUGUCACUCCUGAAGGUGAUAAUGAAGACUACGGAGAUAAAGAUUCUAUUCCGGUAGAACCAGCAGGUUAUGAAAAUUAUUCGCAUGAAAUUCCAAAAAAGAAAGUCAAAAAAAUUAAUAAUAAUCGUAAAAUGGCUGAGACCACUCUAAUAGACAAUACCUAUUGGAACAACAAGUCCAAUGACUAUGCAACUAAGGCUGCAAUGGUAUUGGAAAAUGUUAGAGGAAAACAAUUUAGAAAUGAGAAGAAUAAGAAAAAGAAGAGUUCAUGGAAGGGAAAUGGAAGUAUCUCCACAAAAAUUAACUCAAUCAUUUUCGAGGAUUUCGAUUAG